GAUACAACCCCCGUCUGCCUCUUCGCCGCCUCACGUCCGAGCACCACUUUAAACGGUGGCUCCGACUCCCCUCCAAACCCUCCGAUACUCGCCGCGGUUCCGCCUCCCCGCGCGUUAGCUGGGAGCGGCAGCGGGCGAGCACGCGUCUGCCAUGUGGUGGCUAUUCCGCGCCUUGUCGAGCGCCAUCUUCCUCCUAAGCAUCGUUUUAUCGAUACCCAUCGCCUUCGACGUCGGUGGCCGCGAUGCCGGCCUCGCCUACUCCCUAUCGCUCUUCCUUUUCUACUUCUUCUACAGCACCAUCAACCUCCUUACCCCGGAUUCGUCGCGCGUAAGAUGGGCCUUCACAAACCUGGUCCGCUUCUCCCAGGGCCUCGUCAUGCCGAUCCUGCUUAUAUGGGCUCUGAAUCGAUUCUCGGUGGAUGCUGGUAGCACGGAUUGGGUCUCGCGCACAGUUGCGCACGUCACAUCACACGCGAAACCUAGCACUUGGCAUGAGUGGUUCUUUGGGCAAGGGGGCAUCCUAGAGAGCGUGACACUGGGUGGAUGGGAUAAGACGCUGAGGUAUUCGAGUCCAGUCUUCCAACUGCUGGAAGGUUUCUGCAGUCUCUUGGUCAUUCAGGCUGCGGGUCAGAUCACCAGGUGGCUGGUGAACCGUGGGCGGAGCGAUACAUGGCUGAUUGUCCUUCUCGUCUUCUCCGGCUCGGUUAUAUCAAGCGCCGUCUACUUCCUCUGGAGAGUCGCACGAUUCCCACAGAUCAGCAACCUCGAUGCCACGCUCAUCGGCGUGACAAUGACAUCAGCCGUCUUCCUCUGCGCCCUGGGCAUCGGCAGUGGGAGAGGGAACCCUGUUGAAUCCUCACUGCUAUUCGCCUAUAUUGUCCUUUGCGUCUAUCAGAUAUUCACCGACUAUAUGCCGUCCUCGGCGGCGGACGCGGCGGCGGCGGCAGAACAGCAUGCCGCCAACCAGCCCGAAUUCCCACCGUUGCCACCUAUAAUCAUGGCUUCAUACUCCACACUAAUGCACAUGCUCAGCAACCUCCCUUAUGCCGUGAGCUCCUCCUUCCAGUUCCUCUACGCCGCAUUCCAAACAAUAACCCCGAGCGUCAUCAUCUCGCUCACCUACCGCAUCAUCGUCUUCUACUGCGCCACGCGAAUCAUCCCUGCAGUGAGAGAGUCAGGGGCAAGGGCACUCUCGCAGGACCCAUCGCUAGAGGAUAGCGACGCAGCCUCGCGGCUUCUCGGGUUUCUGGGCUGGUUCUCGCCGUCGGUGCUCAUCGCCGUCUACACGAGCUUACUGCUCCAACACUUUACCGUAUCGAAUGACGGGGAUGACCUGGGCUGGACGUUAAGAGGUGGUGAUUCUGGCGGGAACAUGUGGAGGUGGAUAAACGUGGCGGCUACAAUGGGAUUGUAUUCCGUGGAGCUUUACCUGGGGGGCGACGGAGAUGCGGGGCUGGGAGGCCAUUGGAAGACGGAUUAGACCGCCACAAAAUUCGAGCGGUCGGGCCGUUCUUGACCAACAGCCGAGUCCUAGGGACGGAUAUCGGGGAGUCGCAGGCACGGAACGUCUCACAGAGAUACCCACAUGAAU